GGCCGCUGCGGGGCCGCUGCUGCCAGGCUCAGCCGCCUGUGCUGCCUGCCAGGGGCAGGCCGAAACCUGGAGGCCCGGGGGGCCCAGCUCCCGUGGGGAGCCUUGGGCGCCCGCUGUCCGGCCGGGCCGGACAGAAUAAUAAGCUGAGUGGACUCUAACCAUUGGCCUUCAACUUGCCAGAGCCUUCUACCUAGCUCUCCUUUUGUGGCCCAUGUGCUGCAUCCUCUGCCCUCAGUGUGCAACUGGGCCCCAUCGCAAUGUGUGUUUGUCAAACCAUGGAAGUGGGGCAGUAUGGCAAGAACGCAAGUCGGGUCGGAGACCGGGGAGUUCUCCUGGAGCCCUUCAUCCACCAAUUGGGUGGACACAGCAGCAUGAUGCGCUACGACGACCACACUGUGUGCAAGCCCCUCAUCUCCCAGGAACAGCGCUUCUACGAGUCCCUCCCUCCUGAAAUGAAGGAGUUCACCCCUGAAUACAAAGGUGUGGUAUCUGUCUGUUUUGAGGGGGACAGUGAUGGUUACAUCAACUUGGUGGCCUACCCUUAUGUGGAAAGUGAGACCAUGGAGCAGGAUGACACAUCAGAACGGGAGCAACCUCGGCGCAAACAUUCCCGCCGGAGCUUGCACCGGUCAGGCAGUGGAAGUGACCAUAAGGAGGAGAAAGCUAUUCUCUCCCUUGAGACCUCUGAGAGCUCCCAGGAGGCAAAGAGUCUGAAGGUAGAACUACACAGCCACUCAGACGUCCCUUUCCAGAUGCUAGAUGGCAAUAGUGGUCUGAGUUCUGAGAAGAUCAGCCACAACCCCUGGAGCCUGCGUUGUCACAAGCAGCAACUGAGUCGCAUGCGCUCUGAAUCCAAGGACCGAAAGCUCUACAAAUUUCUCCUGCUUGAGAAUGUGGUACACCACUUCAAGUACCCCUGUGUGCUAGACUUGAAGAUGGGCACCCGGCAGCAUGGGGACGACGCAUCAGCUGAGAAGGCAGCCCGACAGAUGAGGAAGUGUGAGCAGAGCACAUCUGCUACACUGGGAGUCAGAGUCUGUGGCAUGCAGGUGUACCAGCUGGACACAGGGCAUUACCUCUGCAGGAACAAGUACUAUGGCCGUGGGUUCUCCAUUGAAGGCUUCCGCAAUGCCCUCUAUCAGUACCUGCACAAUGGCCUGGACCUGCAACAUGACCUCUUUGAACCUAUUCUGAGCAAACUUCGGGGCCUCAAAGCUGUGCUGGAGCGGCAGGCCUCCUACCGCUUCUACUCCAGUUCUUUGCUUGUCAUCUAUGAUGGCAAGGAGUGCCGAUCUGAGCUGCGUCUCAAGCACCUGGACAGGGGGCUCCCUGAAGUGGCAUCACCCUGUGGCCCCAGUACCAGCCCCAGCAGCCUCAACACCGAGGCAGGCCCCUCCACUCCACCCAAGGUGGAUGUCCGAAUGAUUGACUUUGCACAUAGCACAUUCAAGGGCUUCCAAGAUGACCCCACUGUGCAUGAUGGUCCGGACAGAGGCUAUGUGUUUGGCUUGGAGAAUCUUAUCAGCACCAUGGAACAGAUGCGGGAUGAGAACCAGUAGGCCCAGUUCUGGGCCCCCCAGGACCCCUUACUCUCCACCCGCAGGCAGGGACCAUUGCUCUGAACUUGCUGUGAGGACACACAGACUUGCUUUUAAAGGGUUAUAUUUCUCUUUGGUGUAAACUAAAAGAAAUGUUUUUAGCUGUAGCCUGGAAUCCAUAUAUAUAAAGUGAAGGAGGGCAGAACAUGUGUCCUCUUGGCCAGGCUCCUUAGCUCUGUGGCUGUGACUGCUGUGUCCAAGUUGACUUAGGAAGGAAGAGGUGCCCCUGGUGGGCUUGGCAGCAGAGACAAGAAGCCCUUGGACUUUGGUUUCUCUUGCCUAGGUCUUUAGGGUCUGUGGCUAUACAGCCCUGCUGUU